AUGCGCGCUCCCUCUCUCUCCGAGCCGGAUCCCAAGCACGGGGUCGGCAUCCUCAUCAGGAAGCCGGCACCGGGCGACACCGACCCCGCACUCGCGAGCCCAACACUACUCAGCUCCAUCCCAGGGCGAGCCCUCAUCAUCACAGCAAACCUCAACAGCAAGCCAACCAUCAUCUCAUCAAUCUAUGCCCCGGCAUCUGGCUCACAAGCUGACAAAGUGGCGUUCCUGGACCAACUCAGCGACCUCAUCAAGUCAGCCACCCAGCCAAACGACGACGAGCCAAGGCUGCCCGCCAUCAUCGGCGGCGACUUCAACAACACACCAAACAUCAGCCCCCUGUACGUCCAACCAGAGCCAAACCAAGAGGCUAGGAGCGCCACACAGGCAAACCACGCUCUCAAGGACUUCAUCAACAAGCACGCACUCGAGGAUGCCUGGCUGCUCAACCACCGCGCCGAUGACCCUGUCGAAUACACACGAUGGCCGAGCAAAAACCAGACACACCGAGCCUCCCGCAUCGACCUCAUGCUCCUGUCAUCCAACCUCCCGCUCACAAUCAAGUCGACUGCGACCAGGAUUUACCAACACUCGGACCAUCGAGGCGUCUGUGUGAACCUGGUGGCGCCGUCCGCGGAAGACAGAUGCACUCCACCCUUCAAGCUGAACGACACCAUUCUUGAACACGCUGGCUUCUGCGGCAUGGUACUCAACGAGAUAGCAGAGCUGGCGCGCCGCCCCGACCCCGAGAACCACUGGACUGCUUUCAAGGCCGACGUAGCAUGGCUAGCCCAGUGCCUGUGCGGCUCCAUUGCGAAAGACCGGGCGAAGGCUCUGGCCCAAGCGAGCCGCAAGCUCAAAAUCAUCGAAGGCAACCUCCUCGCAGCAACAUCCCCCGCAGAGGCAAAACUGCUUGCAGCCGAACGAGCGGAGCAGGAAGCCCGUGUCAAAGCUGAGCUCGAGCAUCGCGCGCAAGGAGCACGAGUCCGCUCGGCCAAAAAGUGGCGCACCGAGGGCGAACACCCCACCUCCUUCUACUUCUCGCUCGAAAAGCAGUCCCAAAAGGCGACGCACAUCCCAAUGCUCCUCGUCGACGGCAAAGAAGUCACCGAUGCGGCCGGCAUCACGGACGCCCAGCGAGAUUUCUACGCUAAGCUCUAUGCGCACGUACCCAUUGACCCAGCAGCUGCCCGGCACAUCCUCAGCCAUGCAAAGCCCAACGAGAUGCUCGACGACGAGGACCACGAGUUGAUGAGCAGACCGCUGGAGGCAUGGGAGAUCGUCCACGCCAUCAACAAAACUGCAUCUGGCAAGUCCCCAGGGCCCGACGGGCUGGGCACUGCGUUCUACAAAAAGUUCAAGCACGAGCUGGCCCCAAUCCUCGCCGCCAUCGCCAACCGCUCACUCAAAAAUGGCCGCCUUCCGGAAUACAUGCAGGACGGCUUCGUCAAGCUGCUGUACAAGAAAGGCCCGCGCUCUGACCUUGGCAACUACCGACCAAUCUCGCUGCUGAACUGCGACUUCAAACUCCUGACCAAAGCAGUGAUCGCUCGGCUGCAGCUGGUGGUCAACGACAUCAUACCACUCAACCAAAACGGCUUUGUCACCUCUCGGACCAUCGAUGGCUGCGUCCAUCUCACCCGUGAUGUGAUAGAUCUGUGCAACACCAUCAAAACCCCUGGAGUGAUUGCCAUGACAGACGCGUCCAAGGCGUUCGACAAGGUCUCACACGACUUCCUGUAUGCUGCACUCAGAGCGUACGGAGUCGGGCCAGGCUACAUCAACAUGAUCAAACUCUACAACACCAAUGGCCGCUCCGCGAUGGUGUACCAAGGCCGGGUCUCGGAUCACUUUCCAAUCCAAAGGUCGGUGCGCCAGGGAGGCUGCGACUCGCCGACACUCUUCGCGUUCUAUGCCUGCGCCAUCGUAGACUACAUCACCUACGGCACAAAGCUCAAGUUGUUGCGGAUCCCCAGCAGCAACCUCAAAGCCGAUCGCAAGCGUGGCCGAGCGAAUGAGGACCGGCCAGACGAUCUUGUCAUUCUCCCCACCCUCUUCGCGGACGACUCGUCCUACUUUCUCGCCUCACCAGCAGACGUCCCAAACCUGCUGAACGAGCUCAAGUUUGUGGGGACGGCCACAAAUCUGGAAAUCAAUGCACCAAAGACCACCAUCAUCCCGCUCGGACCAACUGCAACGCGCAAGCCUCCCCCCGACCUGGAAGGCCUCGAGUGGGUUGGACCAAACUCUACGACGCGCUACCUCGGCGUCAUGCUCGGCCACGGUGAUCUGACCGUCGCAAACUUUGGCGACCUACUUGACAAGCUGCACGGCAAGCUGUCGAGAUGGCUCGUCCACGGACCGUCACUCCCAGGUCGUGUGCUCAUCGCCAACACCAUUGCGCUGUCCAAAGUCUGGUACCGAGCGAGGUUUGUGCCCCUCUCGUCCGAGCAGACAGCAAAACUCACCCGCACCAUCGACAAGUUCCUCUGGCACCCAAGCAAAUGGUCGCGAACUCACCAGGCCAACGUCGCAGCACCAAUCAAAUCCGUGGCAUGCGGACUCGGACUCAUCCCCGUUCGGCGUCACCUCAAAGCCCUCCUCGCCCAAGCCGCCCUGGCAUGGUGUCAGCCGUAUGCUGCCCCAUGGAAGCACAUUGCUGUCCGCCUCUGGCGUGCGGCAGACAAGCCAGCAUGCCCACUCAACGUGCUCAGGCUGGUGAUCAAGGCCUCGUCAGACUUUAUUGGCAUCUCUGCAUUCUGGCACAAAGCCUUUGAGGCAUGGCACGAGCUCAGGCCAGAGCUCCAAACCCCUGCCUGCCGCGACGAGGCGCUCACUCACCCGCUCUGGGACUCACCGGACAUCCAGGACGACGGCAAGCCGCUCUGGUGGCCGAGCUGGAUCCUCAACGGAUACAUGCGCGUCCGCGACCUGCGCCGCUUCAUCGGUAACCCAGCUAGAGAAGAGUGGUCCCCGCUCUCGCUCGUCCAAAGCUUCACCAACGCAAAAUACUACAACAAGCUCCACGAGGCACUCGACCGGAGCCAGCUCUCGUCGCUCGUAGAGCAGGAUAGCGCCACAAUCCCGUCAGUGCAAGAUCUACCGUGGUGCUGGGCCCAACCAGCCGACGACGACGACGCCAAUCCCAAACUCUUCAGAGUUGUCAAACUCCGCACGGGCAGCCCGCUCACAAGCAGCUCACUCGGAGCCGGCCAAGUGUUCUACGAGUCGGAGAACGCCCUGAUCGCGCCUGCCCAGCCAGGCCUAGUCCUCACCAAGUUCCGCCUGGCAACCGCGCAACACGCCACCGUCGUCUACUGGCGAGCUCCCAACGCUAAGCCUGAACCAAACAAGCGGGGAAAGAUUUUCCUCCCACGAAAGCAACUGUACCAUGUUGGCCGCACUCAACUCAUGCCCCUCAUCUGGAGCAACAUCGUCCUCAACGGUGUUCACUCAAGCGUCCAGAAGCCCCUGCAAGUCACAUCGCACAAGCUCAAACUGAAAACGCUAAGGCAGCUGCUCACUCCACGUCCCUCGAGACCAGACGCCCUCCAAUGGUGGAUCAACAAAGUUGGCUACGUGCCCUUCGAAUCACUGGCCAACUCCAUCAGAACCAGUCUAGUCACAUCCAAGCAAGCCUCCCUGCUCUGGCGCAUUGCACACCGCACCAACCGACUGGGCGCCGACUGGCUCGAAACAGAUGGUCAAGCGCUGCGCGCCGGCUCGCUCUCCCGCGAAGAGUACGACGACAGAAUUGCCACUGGGCGCUACGACUGCGCGCACUGCAAACACGACGGCCGCUCGGCCAGAGAGACCUGGCACCACAUCCUUGUCCGCUGCCACACAGCCCAAGCGGUUUGGGAAACCGCGAACGCCAUCUUCCAGCACGCUCACUCAAGUUCCCUCCCAAUGUUCGACAAAGCCCUCCUGUUCGGUCCCUUCCCCACCACGCUUGCGCGAAAAAAGGAAAUGCGAGCGCUUGCCACGAUCCUGUACCACCUCGGACGCUGGGCAAUCUGGCGCACCCGCUGCGAAGCAAAAAUCAACAACACAUUCACACCCAGCCACACCACCUUCAUCAAACUCGUCCACUCCCGCGCCCUGCAGGACAUUGUGCCGCGAGCCCCGCCUGCUGACUCUCCCACGUCGAAGAUGUGGGGAAAGUGCAUU